AUGGAAUGUCGAACAGCCGUAGAUGAAGAUGGUGAUGCAUGGACGCAAUGCAGUGGAAAGGACGAUGAAGCUCCUUGUUAUGAAAUCGGUAACACUUCCUAUGCUGAACAGUCCAAGUACGUGUGCCCUGAUCUGUGCCAGAAAAAACCAUCUUGGGGAGCUACGAGCCAAACGUCCUCCUCACUGACACCCUCAGAAGUCACAACUGUGAGAACUUCUGACCAAACGUCCACACCAACUACUUCUACGGAAGCCACAACUGUGGAAACUACGAGCCAAACGUCCUCUUCACUGACACCCUCUACAGAAGUCACAACUGUGGGAACUUCUGACCAAACGUCCACACCAACUACUUCCACGGAAGCCACAACUGUGGAAACUACUGACCAAACGUCCACACCAACCACGUCUACGGAAGCCACAACUGUGGAAACUACGAGCCAAACGUCCUCUUCACUGACACCCUCUACAGAAGUCACAACUGUGAGAACUUCUGACCAAACGUCCACACCAACUACUUCCACGGAAGCCACAACUACGGGAACUUCUGACCAAACGUCCACACCAACUACUUCUACGGAAGCCACAACUGUGGAAACUACGAGCCAAACGUCCUCUUCACUGACACCCUCUACAGAAGUCACAACUGUGAGAACUUCUGACCAAACGUCCACACCAACUACUUCCACGGAAGCCACAACUACGGGAACUUCUGACCAAACGUCCACACCUAACUACUUCUACAAAAGUCACAACUGUGGAAACUACGAGCCAAACGUCCUCUUCACUGACACCCUCUACAGAAGUCACAACUGUGAGAACUUCUGA